AAUUUAAUCACUACCACUAAAAAUCUUCACUACAAAAUGGCCUUCACUUGUUCCGACAUCUUCAAGCUUAUCAUUGCUAUCAUUCUUCCACCAUUGGGUGUCUUUUUGGAAAGAGGUUGUUCUUCCUCCUUCUUCAUUAACAUCCUUUUGACCAUUUUGGGUUAUAUUCCAGGUAUAAUCCAUGCUGUUUACGUUAUUUUGAAAUAUUAAGUGUGAGUAAUUACCACCACCCCUGUUGCAAAUGAUUGUUUGUUGCAAACGACUGUUUCGUACUCAAGAUGAAUUGUAUUGUAUAUAAUGACUAAUGCUAAAUUUAAAUGGAUUCACAUGCUAAUAA